CCCAGGGAUUAAACCCUUGUCUCCUGAAUUGCAGGUAAAUUCUUUUCUGCUGAGCCACCGGGGAAGGCUUCAUGGAUUAUAACAUAAAGAGUCUCUUAUAAUAUAAAAAAGUCCUAACAGUAACUCUGAACCAGCUUGACUACCAUCAAAAGAACCAUACACUUUCUGAGUAAUUCAAUCUUCCUUCUCAUAAAUAUGACAUUAUAUUCUCCAGCCACAGCUAGGUUUACAGUAUUAUUCAAUCAUCAUUCUACCUUUUUUUUUUUUUUUACUUUGUGCCCAUCAUCUGCCACAACAUUAACCCCAAACCUUCACCAGAGGCUUCAGUCCUCCUGUCUCUGGUUGCCUUGUCACACUAAAGUAGGGAGUCAGGCGUUGGGAACAUAAACCUUCCGAAGUCCCCUAUUAAUGAUAUUAACAACUGGAGAAAUAGCAAAAACAAAUGGCUUCGUGUAUGGAACAUAAGAAAAUUCUAGAAGGGUAACAUAUCCAAAGAAGACAGAGGGAUAGGGAACUUAAAGGAAAGUGAAUUAAAGAGGAAAGAAUGAAGAUGAAAUCUAUUUGAGCUUAGAAAUUUCUGUGAAACAUUUGCUUGUGAUGGGAAGACAUUGGAGAAGUUUUCAUAGGCAAGUGACAUUAUAUGAUAAGUAUCUUUGAUGAAAAGAUCUGAAAAUUGGAGACUUUUUCUUUGAUUCAGUAGACUACUCCAGUCCUUUAACCUUCUCAUUGUACUCCAUUCUAUCCAAGCCUUCUUAACCUCACUUUUUUUCCUAUUCAGGCUGAACACUGAAGGGUUUCUCAGAAGAAGGGUACACAUGCCAUAUAUUUUGAAAGAGUGGAAGUGGUAGAAGCUGAGAGAAUUUUACUUUGUCUUCAUAGAACUCUCGAUCCCUUAACACUCUGAAUAUAUUCCAUUCUAUUUCUUACUCGCCUCACUUCCUUUCUUACACAGCCCAGACUUCACCCUUAGAUUUUUUUAAAGUAUCAUUUUGAUAACUCUUGUAACUCUUCUGUCCCUCUGUACUUAGUGCUACUGGAAAGCAUGCAACCAUGAACUAAAUUUCUACUGCUACUUCAUGCAAAGCAGCUGAAUACUAAAGGUCAACCAACAUGAAGUUUCUCAUUUGGGCCUGCCUCAUGUAUGUUUCUUUUGCAAGGGAUUACAGUGACAACAUAGGCAGUCCUUACCCAGUUGACCCAUCUGCAAGUAUUCCUUACCCAGUUGACCCAUCUGCAAGUAUUCCUUAUCCCAUGCCAGACAGCGAUUUCCCUCCUCCUGUCUAUGUUACAAAGACUAAUUUCCCCAAUUACCCUGGGAAUCCUGAUCCUGGUACAGCAGUACCCUCAAAUCCACUGGUUUUCACUGUUCUUACAGCUCCCCUCUACAGUAUUGCUAGUCUUCCCAUAUCUCCUUUUUCCGGUCAACCUCCUCCUACUGGGGUUUUCCGCCUUGUUCCUGCCUCACGUAGACCUACAGGACCUUUUUACCCACCAAAUGAAGCUGCACCUUCUGCAGACAAUACAUAUAUAGUUGAGAUUCUUGUCCCACCUACUACACCCUCACCUACUCUCCCAGAUGUCCAACCACUUACUAUCACAGAGCCUGAUGAAGCCGAGCCUGCAGCAGCUGCCCACGCUGCCCCAGGACCUCAGUCCUCUAUUUCUUUUGACCAGGUAAGUGGCCUCAGUCUUAGUCCUGUGAUGCAUGAGAUUUAUAGUAGCAGGAAAGAAAGUCUCUCCAUAAACAAACAUAUAUCCACUGAGAUAUUUUGAACAGCUUUGUUGAGAUAGGAUAUAAAACAAACUACCAGUACUAAAAAUGCAUACUUUGAUAAGUUUGGGCAUGUAUAUACACACCCAUGGUUUGUUGGCAUUGCUGACUCAAUAGACAUGAGCUUGAACAAACUCAGAGAGAUAGUAAAGGACAGGAAAAGACUAGCUUGCUGCAGUUCACACAGUUGCAGAGUCCAAUAUGACUUAGUGACUGAAGAACAGCAAUGAAAAAAACACCAAGAUAAGACUAUAUUCGUAAUAGCCAGAAGUAUCCUACUGUCUUUUUGUUAAUGUUUGUUUGUUUAAAUAUUCCCACACUCCCCUUUUUCCUGUUCUUGAUGUAUUUUCUAUUGGUACAAUUGGUUUGCAAUUUCCAGAAUGCUAUAUAAGCAGAAUCAUACUGUAUAUACUCUUUUGUGACUGGUUUCUUUCACUCAGCAUAAUUAUUCUGAGAUUUAUCCAUGUAGUUAUGCAUAUCAAUAGUUCAGUCUCUUUUUUUGCAAAGUGGUGUCAGAUUAUACAGAUAUAUCAUAAUUUUUACCCAUUCAU